AUGCCAUAUUAUCGACUUAAAGAUCUUAUAAAAGCGAUUCGUGCUUGUAAAACUGCCGCUGACGAAAGAGCGGUAAUCCAGAAAGAGUCUGCAGCUAUUCGUACUAGCUUCAAGGAAGAAAAUAAUGAUGCUCGACAUUCUAACGUGGCUAAAUUAUUAUAUAUUCACAUGUUGGGUUAUCCAGCACAUUUUGGUCAAAUAGAAUGCUUAAAAUUAGUAGCAUCAAAUAGAUUUGCUGAUAAGAGAUUAGGAUACUUGGGAAUCAUGCUUUUGUUGGAUGAAAACCAAGAAGUGUUAACCUUGGUAACGAAUUCUUUAAAAAAUGAUAUGAAUCACUCUAAUAUGUACAUCGUAGGUUUAGCAUUGUGUACAUUGGGUAAUAUAUCUUCUCCCGAGAUGGCACGUGAUUUAUGUGCAGAAGUUGAAAAACUCUUAGGUAGUUCAAAUGUUUAUAUUAGGAAGAAGGCGGCAUUAUGCGCAAUGCGUAUAAUUCGUAAAGUUCCUGAACUUCAAGAAAAUUUCUUGUCUAAAGCAAAAUCCUUAUUGAGUGACAGAAAUCAUGGAGUUUUGCUUACAGCAACAACUCUUAUUACUGAAAUGUGCCAUAGAAAUCCGGAUACAUUGGUUACAUUUCGAAAGGCGGUUCCAUUGUUAGUUCGUCACUUGAAAAGCUUGGUUUCUGCUGGAUUCUCGCCGGAACAUGAUGUAACUGGUGUCACUGAUCCAUUUUUACAGGUCAAAAUAUUAAGGUUGAUGAGAAUUUUGGGUAAAGGUGAUGCUGAAGCAAGUGAGGCAAUGAAUGAUAUCCUGGCUCAAGUGGCUACGAAUACUGAAUCGUCAAAAAAUGUUGGAAAUUCGAUUUUGUAUGAAACUGUAUUAACAAUCAUGGAGAUCCAAUCAGAAAGUGGUCUUCGUGUGCUAGCUAUAAAUAUUUUGGGCAAGUUUUUAACAAAUAGAGAUAACAAUAUCAGAUAUGUUGCACUCACAACACUAAAUAAAACAGUAUCAAUAGACACAAAUGCUGUUCAACGUCAUAGAAAUAUUAUACUUGAUUGUUUGAGGGAUGGCGAUAUUUCAAUAAGGCGACGCGCACUGGAACUUUCAUUUGCGUUAAUUAAUGAGACUAAUGUUAGAGUAUUAACGCGAGAAUUGCUCGCAUUUUUGGAAGUCGCUGAUAAUGAAUUUAAACAGGGAAUGACAACAAAGAUUUGUUUAGCUGCUGAUAGAUUUGCGCCCAAUAAAAGAUGGCAUAUUGACACAGUUUUAAGAGUAUUGAAGUUGGCAGGUAACUAUGUACGCGAAGAGAUAUUAUCGAAUUUCAUCCGACUUAUUGCCCAAACAAAGGAUUUGAAUGCUUAUACUGUGCAAAAAUUAUAUGCAGCAUUAAAAGCAGAUAUUUCCCAGGAAUCCUUGACAUUAGCUAGUGUUUGGGUAAUUGGUGAAUACGGCGAUAUAUUGAUAAAAGGCGGUAGUUUUGAGGAGGAAGAAUUGGUAAAAGAGGUUACUGAACCGGAUGUUGUCGAUCUCUUUGAAUCUAUUUUGGCCGGACCGUAUGCUAAUCAAGUUACUCGUGAAUACGUUCUCACUGCUCUCAUGAAAUUAACAUCACGUUUCACCUCCACGCCAGUCAUUCAAAGGAUUCAAGCCAUACUUGAAAGAUAUAAUACUAGCAUCGAAGUAGAAAUUCAGCAACGUGCUAUCGAAUAUACUAAUUUAUUUAAAUUUGACAACAUUCGUCCAGCUGUUUUGGAAAGAAUACCUAUACCAGAGAGUAAAGAAGAAACGUCUCGUCCAACCGAUGAUUUUUCUUCUGGUGGUGGUGGUGGUGGUGGUUCGCUUUUGGACCUUGAUGGUGACAGUAUCGCAACUGAUGUUAAAAAAGUUAAUGCUUCUGAAAAUUCUCAGAAUACAGUGGAUAUUUUAGCAACUAUUUUUGGUAGUGGACCAUCAGAUACUACUGAUAAUUUGACGCCAUCUCGGUCAAAUCCAAAAGAUGAUAUUAUGAGUCUUUUCAAUACUGGCCCAACAACUACUACUUCACCUAAUUUAAUAGAAAACACGCCAUCUGCAAAUCCUUUGGAUGAUUUAAUAACAACUUCACUACCUUCAACAAAUGAGAAUCUUCUUGGUUUAUCUUCUAUUAAACAAAUCGCCCCGUCUCAAAAUACACAAACAGUAAACCCUUUAGAUAGUCUAAUGGAUUUGGGUUCGACUAAACUAUCAACAGCUAUAUCUCCACCAACAGAGACGAACGCUCCAGAACAAUUUGUAGCAUAUAAUAAAAAUGGAUUUAAAAUCGGUCUUUCACCUUUCAAGGAUCAAAAUAAUCCUAAUAUUCUUAACAUUAAUGUUACUUUCCAUAAUGUUGGAGUUGGAUCGGAUGUGCAAAAUCUAUUAUUUCAAGCUGCAGUUCCAAAGACACAGAGAUUACAAAUGCAACCACCGUCUUCGACAACUAUUGCACCCGGUGCUAUUGUAACGCAAACAAUUCGUGUUGCUAACCCACAAAGGGUGAAUGUUCGGUUAAAAUUAAGAAUUGUGUACGAUACUUCAGCAGGAGGUAAAGUAGACGAUAUUGCCGAAUUCAGUGGAUUCCCUCAAGACUUUUGGUAA